GUUAACCUGACAGCCCCGCGGCCCGCCUCCUCACAGACAAGUUCAGAGGCUUUAAGAUUUUAAUGAGAAAGAAAAGAGGAGAAAUAUGCCAAGCUGUGGGACGAGCUAAACCUACUGGACUGAGCACAAGAAUGCAAAAGAAAAGUGUGUUUGUUCCUUCAGAGGUAUCUGUGCCGGAUAAAUUUCAUAUAUGUGGGAGAGUUUCUGUUGCUCGGGGACUUUGAAUUGGGUCAUGUCUAAUGGGCGAACACACACUUGGAUUUCUGCUGAUGACAAAAGGGACUGCCACGAGAAAACGAAUUAAGUGAGGAGUUUUGUUUUUUUGUUUUUGUUUUUGUUUUUCCAUCAUUAGCUCCAAAGGAAGUUAAAAGAAACACCCGCUUGAUCUGAAGGCUAACUCACACUGACCUUGGCAGUCGUCGCCUGUGAAAUCUGCACAUUUCUACCGAGCGAACCAAAUGCAGAGAGAAAGAUGCAUUUGGGUAAGGCUUUACUGUUUGUCCUCCUCCUCAACUGCGCAACUCUGAGCUCGUGCCUGUCCACUUGUGCCACCGUGGAUAUUGACCACGUGAAAAGGAAGAGGGUCGAGGCGAUACGAGGACAGAUUUUGAGCAAACUCCGACUGACGAGUCCUCCGCACUCCCUCGGACCGAGUAAAAUCCCUUAUCAAAUCCAAGCACUGUAUAACAGCACCAAGGAGCUACUGGAGGAGCUUGGGAGGGAUCGGCAGCAAAGUUGCGGUCAGGACAACACAGAGACAGAGUACUAUGCCAAAGAGAUAUACAAAUUCAACAUGGUCUACGGACCGUCAGAGAGCAACGAUCUGCUCUACUGCCCAAAAGGCAUCACCUCUAAGGUUUUCCGCUUCAAUGUCUCCGCCAUGGAAAGGAACUCAACCAACCUCUUCAGAGCAGAGUUCCGAGCUCUGAGGGUGCCAAACUCAGUCGCCAAGAGGAAUGAACAGCGGAUUGAGCUCUACCAGAUUGUGAAGCCAAAUGAACACAUUAGGAAACAACGCUACAUUGGAGCCAAGAAUGUGCUGACCAGGGGUACUCCAGAAUGGGUCUCCUUCGAUGUGACUGAAACAGUGCGGGAAUGGUUGAUGAACAGAGGACGUAAUCUGGGCUUGGAAAUCAGUGUGCACUGCCCCUGCCACACCUUCAACCCAAACGGUGACAUCAUUGAGAACGAAAACGAGGUGCUGGAGGUGAAGUUCAAAGGAGUGGAUGGAGAUGACGAGCACAGUCGCUUGGAUCUGGAUCACCUGAAGAAGAAGAAGGAGCAGGACCUGCCUCACCUCAUCCUCAUGAUGAUCCCACCCCACCGCCUGGACACUCAACACACACGCCGCCGCAAGAGAGCACUGGACACAAACUACUGUUUCUCAAACACGGAAGAGAGCUGCUGUGUUCGCAAGCUCCACAUCGAUUUCCGGCGUGACUUGGACUGGAAGUGGAUCCAUGAGCCCAGUGGUUACGACGCCAACUACUGCUCUGGGCCCUGCCCUUACCUGAGGAGCUCAGACACAACACACAGCUCGUUGCUGAGCCUCUACAACACCCUGAAUCCAGAGGCAUCGGCCGCCCCCUGCUGUGUCCCUCAAGACCUGGAACCCCUCACUAUACUCUACUACUCUGGACGAACCCCCAAAGUGGAGCAGCUCUCCAACAUGAUUGUCAAGUCUUGCAAGUGUAGCUGAGAAGACACUGAAAGGCGAGGUAGUGUGGCACGAUUUUACUAGGUACUGACCAAACCCAUGCUCGUUGACUUUUGGAUUCUUAGCUGUGACAAAUACUUAAACUGACCCUGUGGCCUCGUGGCUUAGAUUUGAAAACCACUCUGGAGGUCACACUUUGUUUUUUCUUUUCAAGGAUACAGAUUUUCUUAAAACUUGAGGUCAUCUUUUUUUCCCCUUGUUUUGUAUUUUUUCUACCCACUCAGUCAGUUCUGGAUGACAAGUAGUUAUUUUAAUCUUGAAAGGUCCAACCCAAACAAUAGUUAAUCUUACAUUCAAGGUAUGAUCUUAAAAUAUUUCCUUCUAGAUUUGUGAAGACUGACAACACGCUGUUAAGGUUAGAUUACGGAGAGUCCUGUGUAAAUCUAUCUGUGACACAAAGAAAAAAAACAAUCAAUGAGGCUAUAUUUUCUACUUCAGAGCUCAAGCAAAUAUCCCACAAAGUUCAAGUCUCUACAUUGGGUCUCUACAGUGUCAGUGGAGCAGCUUUCCUGUUUCUAGCCUUGCAAAAAGUAUUGUUAAAUUGUUAAUAGUCACAAAUAUAGACGGUGCUCUCCUGAAUGGUUGAAGAGUCCUUUCAGGCUGGAUUAUUCCUUGAACUUGCCUUAAACUCCCUUCCCUUCAAACAGUGGGCAUUAUCUUCAAUCACAAAAGGAGAAAGGACAGACUUGCUGCUGUAUCCAAAGCCAUAGCUGUGGUCAGGGAAAAGGAGAGCUGAGAGAGAAUGCCUGUUGGAUUUGCAAUGGAAAGUGAAUGAACAAAGAAGUUGAGCCAAGCUUUUCUUUUUCUGGCCAGCCAGCAGCAAUGGCCCUUUUUUUUCGGUGCAUCUAUUAGAAUAGAGGGAAGAGGAAGAAGAAGAAGCAGAAGAAAGAGGAGGAGGAGGAGAAGGAGAAGAAGAAGGGACCUGUAUGCAAGGGAAGAACUGUGAUGGAAACUAGCCAUGAGCACACUGCCUGCCAUUCACUGGAAGUUUUCAUCCCUAACAGGUUCAAAUUAUUUUUGGGACAUCAAAGAGUAUACUGGAAAAGAACAAGUGUUACGCAACAGGUUUUUUUUUUUUUAUGAGAUUUCUUUUACAUUAAUAGCAGAUUUGGUCUGUUAUGCAACUUGUCAUAUAGUGAUUGUUUCACUCACUGGGAUGAAAAUUGACGUGUAUCACCACUGAUGGAAAAAAAAUUAUAUUAAACCACGAGUACUGUUACAUUUCUUUGUGAUUUAGAAAGAAUAUGCAGGUUUUUUUGUGCAUAAACAAAUUAGUUUGACCUGUUGUAUUUGAUCCAGUAUUUGCUUGACUGAAGUCUUGUUGUAUUAAACGGUGACUAUCCCUGCACACUUUUCUCCCACAAUAACAGGAAAUGUAAUGACAUUUAAAAGCUGAAGCUGUUUAUUUUCUGUUUUUUUUUUUAAAGAUCAUACUAUCCUAUCAACUCACCUGUCACCUUUCACUCCAGCCAGCUGACAAGGAGACACAUGUGCAUGUGCAGUCAGGAUACUGGUGUUCCCAAAACACUGCAGUCUUUCAUUCCCUCUGCUCCGUCUCUGUUUGCUUUGGUUCUCUUUUACAGUGUGAAGCCCUAAUGGAACAAAAAAAUGAAGAGGGAGGGGAAGAAGUCACAACAUGACAGUGGCUGGAUGUACAGUUAGACCUCAUUUUUCUCUGAGUCAGGAGAACAAUUCUGAAUCCCUGUACUGUUUGACGUUGGCCCAGUCAGAGUCAUCUAGCCUUUAGGUGACAUUUAGGUGAUGUUUUUUUUUUUUUUUUUUUUUUGGCAGUAAUAUUGUU